AUGGGUACUUUAGAUCCGUACCCCAGCUCAUCAACUAGUAAAUCAAAAAAAUGUAUGGAUAAUCCUAUGAAAUUCUCAAUCAACAAGGAUAUAAUAAAAAAAGCUGAAAAUCAAGAUAUGAAUUCGAUUCAACGUAUUGUCGCAUAUGAUCAUUUAGAAUUUGAAACAAGUGUUAUUGAGCAAGCUAAAAAUACUUUCAAGAGAAUUAAUAGUCUUCAGGCCAGUGCGACGAGGGAAAGACUUUCUGCUCUUGACGAUGAUAUAAUGUCUGCUCAACGUGAACUAGAAAAAAUGGAGCUAUCACUUGACACCUUACUCGGUCAGGUGUCUACCGAAGUGUCUAAUAGCAGUUUAGGAAAUAGGAAAAUACGUUCAUUGGAAUUGGAAAUAGAAACAAAGAUGAAGCUUAUUGACACUCUAAUAUCUAGGAAGUCAGCUCUGUUGACUAAACUGUCUUCUUUGGAGAAGGAAAACUUUAUUUCAAAUGACAACGCUUCAAAACCAGAUGAAGAUUUGUUAAGUGUGAAUAUCGUGAAACCACUGUCUGCAGAUGAUUUUGAUUCUCCUGUAAAACAUCUCAGUACAAAGUUAUAUAGAGUAAAACGUUGUGAAAACAAAGCUGUAGAACUGAAAAAGCUGUCUAAAUAUAAACAUAAUGAUGAUGCUGAUAUACAUGCGUUUCAAGAACGAUUGAGACGUCAAAGACGUACUGAAUUAUUAGAGGAGCAAUUAGCUAGAGAACAUGAGGUACAUCCUAGUAAUCCUUCUGAUGGGAAACUAGAUGGUGGGUUUUGUGUUCCGAGUUCUAUUUGGUCUCGAUUGUUUGAUUAUCAACGAAAAGGUGUCAAAUGGUUAUGGGAUCUUCAUCAAAAAGGAUGUGGCGGUAUUAUCGGAGAUGAAAUGGGUCUGGGAAAAACCAUACAGAUUAUUGCCUUAUUAGCUGGAUUGCAUUAUUCGAACAUAGAAGAUAGAUCGUAUCGUUUAUAUCUAUCUACUCGUAAUCUAACUUCUGAAUGUCAGCAAGAAUUUUUAGGAUUAGGUCCGACUUUAAUUGUUUGUCCAGCUACAGUAUUAAAUCAAUGGAUGUCAGAAUUCCAUUCAUGGUGGCCUCCUAUUCGUGUGGCCAUAUUGCAUUCGACUGGAUCCGGUUAUGGAAAACCAAAUAAACUUAUACAAAUGAUAACUAAUAAUCCAGGAAGUGUUCUUUUAACUACGUAUUCAACUUUAGUGACUUAUCGUGAUAUGCUAACAUCCCGACAUUGGUCCUAUGUUAUACUGGAUGAAGGGCAUAAAAUAAAGAAUCCAGAAGCUGAGGCUACAUUAGCUGUUAAACAUUUUUCCACUCCUCAUCGUUUGAUUCUUUCCGGUAGUCCAAUUCAAAAUAAUCUACGCGAAUUAUGGUCACUUUUUGAUUUUGUGUGUCCUGGAAGAUUAGGACCUUUGCCUGAAUUUAUGCAACAAUUUUCUAUACCAAUUACUCAAGGAGGUUAUGCUUCCGCUUCACCACUUCAGGUUGAAACAGCUUAUCAAUGUGCAUGUACUUUACGAGAUCUUUUAAAACCCUAUCUCAUUCGAAGACUUAAAGCUGAUGUACAAAUUCAACUGCCAGCUAAAUCAGAACAAGUUUUAUUUUGCCGACUAACUGAUUAUCAACAAAAACUCUACCGAGAAUACUUGGAGUCUCAAGUAUGUAAAGAUUUACUAAAUGGAAAAGGCAAUAUUUUUCCUUCUUUAAUACUAUUAAGAAAUUUAUGCAAUCAUCCAGAUUUAGCUACAGGUGGUCCAAGAGAUAGUUGUUUUCUAAAUGAAGAGUUUGAAUCUGAUAAACAAGGUAUUGAAAAUGUAUGCUUAUCUUAUUCAUGGUCACGAUUUGGUUGCCCACGUAGAUCCAGUAAAAUGUUAGUUGUUGCUUCACUUCUUAAAAACUGGUAUGAUCAAGGACAUAAAGUUCUGCUGUUUUCACAAAGUCGUCGUAUGCUUACAUUACUUGAACGUUUAGUACAGUUGAUGAAGUUUUCUUAUCUUAGAAUGGAUGGAACAACUCCUGUUAGCCAACGUCAUGAACUUAUUCGACGUUUCAAUUAUCGUUCAACAUCGGAUAGUGAGAAAACAGACAGGAUAUCAGAUCAUUUAGAUAUAUUUCUAUUUUUAUUAACUACACGUGUUGGUGGUUUAGGUGUAAAUUUAACUUCAGCUAAUCGAGUACUUAUCUAUGACCCAGAUUGGAAUCCUACUACUGAUCUACAAGCUCGUGAAAGAGCAUGGCGUAUCGGACAAUCAAGAGAUGUUGUUAUUUAUCGUUUAUUGACAAGCGGUACUAUUGAAGAAAAAAUAUAUCAUAGACAAAUAUUCAAACAAUUUCUUACUAAUCGAAUUCUCAAAAAUCCACGUCAGCAGCGAUUUUUUAAAACAAAUGAUCUUCAAGAAUUACUAACUUUUAAAGAUGAAUCAGAUAUACAAAUCCCAGAAACAGCUUUGUACUUAAAGUCUGAAGGUAUGGGUCAUACACUGACUAAUUCAUUAACCGAGAACCGAUUUGAUAUACUUGCUAAAAAACAGAAAGAUAAUCCAUUGCAAAGCAAAUCAUCACAUAUGAAUACAGAUAUUAGUAGUGGUAGUGAUGUUGAAGAUGAUGAUGAGAAGGAGGAGGAUGAAGGCAAAAAAGAAAAAGAAACAGAGGCUUCUGUGGAUGACAAUUUUACAAACACUCCGUUAAAUUCUGAUAAAAAAAGUAAGCGUACAGAACAACUUCGUCAACUUGCUAAAGAAAUAAGCCGUCGUAUAGCGGAGGAAUGUUCAAACAAGGAUAAUCCAGUCGAAUCAGUCACUAAGCAGUCUAAUGAAAUAACUUCAAACAAACAUAAUUUAAGUCGUAAACGUAAAUUUGAUAUCAAAGGAACACGCGUGGAUGGAAAAAGAAUCAAACUAGUGGCAAAACAAUGUAGGUAUGAUGUUGGUGAAGGCAUGGAUAUCUCUAUAUCUCGAAAUCAACUUGCUGAACCAGUCAAAGCGACAAGCAGUAAUACUGAAGAUGAUAACUUUAUUCAAAGUGUCUUAGUCAGUUCUUGUUCAAGUAGCAAUUACUUAUCCAUUAAUAAACAAGACUACUCUACAGUUUCUUCCUUUAAGGAGAAGCGAUCAAUGGUAGAUCAAGAUACGCGUGACGAAGCAAGUCGAGUUGCCAAAGAAUCUCUGAAAAAUAUUCAGAAAUUUCACAAAUCCAAUGAAAUAAAAUGUAAAGAGUCUUUUCAAGAAAAUAAAGAAAGGGCAAAAAAUAGAAAAUCUUCAAAAAUUAAAUAUACAAAUCAUCAAGAUUACUAUUCACUUUCUUCCAAUAAAUCAUUAAAAUUCACACGAAAAAUGUCCGUAAGCAGUUCACCGAUAUUUCGUCAAAUAACUCAAAUAGUACAUCAUGAUAAAUUAUUGGAUGAAAUGACUAAUCCAAAUCACAUCGACUCUUCAUUUAACCAAUUGGCCGCGAAUCGAUUAGCAAAUAAAGCUAUUAUUGCUUUAGAAGAAGAAGUCAAGCGUUGGCAUCAAUGUAAUUUCAGAUCAUUUUCUCAAACUGCGGAAAUAACUCAACGUAGAUCAGUACUUUAUCCUUUUGGUCAAGCUAAAAAUCGUUUUCUUUGGAAUCGAAAUGAAUCAACUAGUUGUGGUUAUAUUCAACUUUUACAAAUGUCAAGUGAUUUUAAUUGUUCAACUAAAAAAGCUUAUAAUGAAAAUUCAACUAAUUUACAUGUUAGAUUCAGUUCAGAAUUACUUUUAAGUCUUAUACGUUCGCGUAAAAUUCUUCAUCAUGAUCAUUUACACAGUUCAUCUAUUACCGAAUCAGUUGAUUCUGUAUUAAAUCAUUCAAUGCAGCGUCUUUGUGCUGAACUUAUUCGAACACUUGGUGGUUCGAAUACUGUUACAAGUGAAUAUUUAGCAGUACAUUUUAAAUCCAUUCUGAAUGAGAACAAUGAUUGUGCUACAGUAAAUAUUCAUAAUAACGCUAAUGUUGUACAUAGAAGUAUUACUUCCCGACAUUUUCGCUCUUUGCUUAAACAACUUGCAAUAAGGCAUCGGUCAAAAUGUGAUCAAUCUCAACUGGAUUUACCUUCACGUGGUCGCUUGGAUGAUGUAUGGACUUUGCGUGGUAAAUUUCAGUCUAUUGCUAGUUAUCUUUUAUUAAACUUGGCAUCAGCGGAAAGGUUGAAUCAACCAAGCAACACUGUGAUAUAUUGA